AACACUGUGGCCUGAAGAGUCAGUCUGAGGAGAAGAUUGAGAGUUUUCCUGCCGUUUCCUGAGCUGUGCCUCAGGGAUAUCAGCAUACAGGUCAUAUAUUUCGGUGAGGAAGAGAUUUUAAAAGCGAGAAUUAUCCAAAAUGUCGUACAGACAAGGACUAGAGAAAUACCGAGAUCUGGAUGAAGAUCAGAUCCUUGGAGCACUUACGGAAGAAGAAAUCAAGAUGCUGGAAGAUGAAUUGGUAGACUUAGAUCCAGACAAUGCACUGUUGCCGGCAGGAAUGAGGCAGAAAGAUCAGACAAAAAAAACACCUACUGGCCCCUUUAAAAGGGACGACCUUCUGGCACACUUGGAGAAGCAGGCAAAUGAUAUUAAAGACCGAGAAGAUCUGGUUCCUUUCACAGGGGAAAAAAGAGGAAAAGUCUGGGUCCCCAAGCAGAAGGCGAUUGAUCCUGUUUUGGAAAGCGUAACCCUAGAACCGGAACUGGAGGAAGCACUUGCAAAUGCCUCCGAUGCUGAGCUCUGCGACAUUGCUGCUAUUCUUGGCAUGCAUACCCUGAUGAGUAAUCAACAAUAUUACGAAGCCCUUGGAAGCACAACUAUAGUCAACAAAGAAGGAUUGGACAGUAUAAUUAAGCCCACGCAGUAUAAAUCAAUUCCCGAUGAACCCAAUUCAACCGAUGUAGAAGAAACCUUGGAGCGGGUGAAAAACAAUGAUCCGGAACUUGAGGAAGUCAAUCUCAAUAAUAUUAAGGACAUUCCCAUACCAACUUUAAAAGCCUACGCAGAAGCUCUGAAGAACAACAGCUAUGUGAAAAAGUUCAGCAUCGUGGGAACAAGAAGCAAUGACCCCGUCGCUUAUGCACUGGCAGAAAUGUUAAAAGUCAACGGUGUAUUGAAGAGCCUAAAUGUGGAAUCAAAUUUCAUUUCCGGAUCAGGAAUUCUGGCCCUGAUAGAAGCGCUGCAGCACAACACGACACUGAUUGAGCUCAAAAUUGACAACCAGAGCCAGCUCCUGGGCAACAAGGUGGAAAUGGAGAUUGCAAGCAUGUUAGAGAAAAAUACGUCUCUCUUGAAGUUUGGGUACCACUUCACUCAGCAAGGCCCCAGGCUGCGUGCGUCAAAUGCCAUGAUGAACAACAACGACCUUGUGAGGAAGAGAAGGCUUGCAGACUUGAAUGGGCCUAUCUUUCCCAAGUGCCGGACUGGGGUGUAGUUCUUGGCUGUGCAGGUGGUACCCAUGAGCUUGCACUGGACGUCGAAGUUUUGCGGCAGAGCAACUGUGCAGUGAAUUUGUGGUGCCUGUUUUCCAUAUGACAUCCUUGCACACUAAAGAUUUAAGCUAAAUAGUGAUAGUAGGCAAAGACCUUUAUUAUCAACGUGUGGAUAAUGACAUCUUUUUUUUUUUUUAAAGAGUAAUCCGAAAUUUCAGCCCGUUAACGAUAAGGUGCUAAUUUUGGAUUCCAUCAAAAUUCAUCACAGCACAAAGAUGGCUUUAACCUAUAGUUAGACUGAAGCCUAAUUUCGGUAUAGGUUUUUUUUUUUUGGUGUGGUGUGAUAUGCAUGAGUAGUUAACGACAACAACAAGAUGUGAUACUACUCUGCAAAUGUAGCAGAAACGUUAAAAAAAUACUUUAUUUUUGACUUGAUCUCAAGAAUUAAAAAGAAGCUACUCGUUUUGACAGCAUUUCUAUCAUCCCAACGUACAUCAUUAAUUUAAGGACUUAUGAAUUGCAAUCAGCUAGCAACAUCCCCAGCCGAACAUUUUUUACAGCACCUGUUAUUCUUAAAGCAUCUGCACGCCCACCCAACAGAAAGAAUGUUAAGGCUACUCUUUUCCUAAGCACUAGUCAUAAGAAAAAGACAGCUGCUGAAUGGGAUGUCAGCCAUUCUUUUCUGCUGAAGAAUUUAAGACCUUUAAAAAGUGGAUUUGCACAUGUACUCUUAAACCUUCUGAUAAUACACACAAGUCAGUUUCUAGCCUCUUUGUUCUUGCAUUUUGUGUUAAUGACGGCUUUUAUUUGCUUUUUUACACUUCUCUUUUGUUUCAAGAAUUGUCCUUAUAUCCCUGUUGUUGCAGAUUUCUGAACAAACAAGUUUCUAAUGGCACAGUUCCCUUCAAUUAAGCAACUCUUUUGUGAAAAGCUGCAUUGGGUCUGAUGCCUGUAAGCUCUAUCUGACCAAGGCCCCUUUGAUUCAGUUAAUUCUACCUACACAGAAGUAAAUAGGAUACAGCAUUAAGGCCUGGCCAAGAGCCGUCGGUCAUGAGGACUAGAUGCCCUCACUACCCAAGGCCACCGCACUCCCCCAAAGUCCUCAGCUCACUGCAGAGGCUUGUGCGGAAGUGUGACCUUACACUUUGCACACAUUGGUUGGGACCCUUGGAGGCAGUAUUGCAAACCUUGUGCUGCCCUCAACCUUUCUAGCUGUCUGUGUGAAUUUAAACGAUGCCACCCUGAGGCAAGAUGAGGAUGCCAUCUACCUGGGUGCAGUUUUGCCUGCUCCAUUCAGUGUGACAAUCUGCCCUCCCCACAAAGGAGGGCAAAAGAGAGCCAGGAAAUCAACAGGAAAGGACGAUUUGGUGUUGUGGGGCAGAAGUUGGUGAGCAUCCUAAAUGCUCAUGCGAUCUUUAGACCUUGCAGAGCUUGGCUCAUAGCCAAUGGAUGUGACCCAUCAAGUAAAUGCUGCUGGCGCUACCCAUACAUAUCAUGGUGCCCUGUGCAACUUGUUAAAAUGAAUAGAGGGUGUAUUGCACCAGUGCCUGAUGGGCUGAACCCAGUCUUCUAAUAGUAUGCUGCUUAUAAAUUAUGCCUUAAUAAAGCAUCCCAUGUAUGAAUCUUGGCUGAGAA